AUGUUUAUUCUUUUCUUAUACAUUAUCGGGCUCGUCCCGCCUGCCUCUGCAUACCCCACUCCCCAACAGUUCCUUCCGAUCCCAUCCGCUUCAUCCACACCGACGUCGUCGUUCAACUGGUGGCCUUACACCAAUUUAGGCCAGAGCGUUGUCAGCUUGAUCGCACCGACGUCCUCGACAAUGUCUAUGUUGACAUUGUCCUCACACACAUCCACCAGCACCAGCCCUCUAGUCACAUCUACCAGUUCUUCAUCCUCCAUUUCGGCCACCGAACAAUCCACGACCACUCGUCAAGUCUCUUCUUCGCCCGAAUCGACAACGAGCCCUUCGCCAUCGACGAUGCAAUCCAGCACUACACCCUUGUCGAAUUUCAAGCUCGCCUACCUAUUCCCAAUUGUAGCUGUCAUCGGGGUCAUUAUAGGAGCCUCUUGUGCUGCCGUUAUCAUCAGACCAUGGGCUCGCAAGCCGAGAAAGCAAUCGCCAAAGCCUGGACAUCAUCCAUUUCCAGCAGACGGCGGGUUGAUGCCAUUGCCAAGUCCUCUCGACGAAGAGGAGAAGCAAUGGAUCGCGUCAAAGAGUUCUUACUCUGAUGACGCGUACCAUACUGUGGACGAGAGUGACGAGGAAAUGAACCAGCUACCCCAAUCCAAGCUUCUCUCACCCUCCGUUGCCGACGAAUUGGAACUCGAUGUGACUUCUGAUCGCCCCAACUAUGACCUGCCUUUGGAGCUCGAAGAAAUUGACUUGCGCACACUGUCAAACGGGUCCACGUUCAUCAAUUAA